AUGAAGGCAGGAGAAUCUGUGAAUGAGUAUUUUGCUCAGACUCUUACCAUAGCCAACAAGAUGAAAGCAAAUGGUGAGGACAAGGGAGAUGUUGCUAUAGUUGAAAAGAUUUUGAGAUCCAUGACUCCAAAGUUUGAUUAUGUUGUGUGUUCCAUUGAGGAGUCUAAGAAUAUAGACACCUUAACCAUUGAUGAGUUGCAAAGCAGCCUGCUUGUGCAUGAACAACGCAUGAGUUCUCAUGUGGAAGAAGAACACACUUUAAAGAUUACUCAUAGAGAUCAAUUUGGAGGAAGGGGUUGA